AGCUAAUUGGAUAUUGGAGACGUCAAUUAAAUGACGAAUGCGGACAUGUAAGGGAAGGAAAGGACACCGGUGAGAAACUGUUCACCUGAACGAUGGCUGCCUCAGGGAAACUGGCGUCUUUCCGCCUGCCUCCCUUGCCUACUGUGGGUGAGCUUAUAAAGCUGUACAACCUGCGAGCUGAGAAACAACUGUCCCAGAACUUUCUGUUGGACUUGAGGCUCACAGACAAAAUAGUGCGCCAGGCAGGCAGUUUGAGGGAUGCCUAUGUGUGCGAGGUGGGUCCUGGUCCUGGCGGUCUCACCCGCUCCAUCCUCAAUGCUGGGGCGGCGGACCUGCUUGUGGUGGAGAAAGAUACGCGCUUCAUCCCAGGGCUGAAGCUGUUGUCUGAGGCAGCACCAGGGAGGUUGAGGAUCGUCCACGGUGACAUUCUCACGUACAGAAUGGACCGAGGAUUCCCAAUAAAUAUCUCCAAGGCAUGGGAGGAAGAUCCACCCAACCUUCACAUCAUAGGGAAUCUCCCAUUCAACGUCUCAACCCACCUCAUCAUUAAGUGGCUGGAGAACAUGGCCAACAGAACAGGGCCCUUCAUCUACGGACGCACCCGACUCACACUCACUUUCCAGAAAGAGGUCGCAGAGAGGUUGACGGCCAGCACAGGCAGCAAACAGAGGAGCCGUCUGUCCGUUAUGGCUCAGUAUCUGUGCACAGUCCACAACUGCUUCACCAUCCCAGGACGGGCCUUCGUUCCUAAACCAGAGGUGGACGUGGGAGUGGUGCACUUCACCCCUCUGGUUCAGCCUCAGAUCCAGCAGCCCUUCAAGCUCGUGGAGAAAGUCAUCAGGAACGUUUUCCAGUUCCGCAGGAAGCACUGCCAUAAAGGAGUAGAAAAGUUGUUCCCUGAGGCGUGUCGUGUUGAGCUGACACAGGAGAUGAUGCAGAAGGCAGAUGUGGACCCUACGCUACGCCCGCCAGAACUCACCAUACCGCAGAUCAGGGCUUUAGCGGAUGCCUAUGCUCAUCUCUGCACCCAUGAACCCACUCUCCUCAGCUAUGAGUUCAGGGAGGAGCUCAGACUGAAGUAUAUCGCCAAGCAAAGGAACAAACCAGUGGACGAGCCAACCAGCACACCACCAAGGCCUCAACAACCCUGCUGAAAAACAACAGGCACGGAAACCAAGAGAAGCCCACUAAUAGCUUCUCUUACAACAGGAAAACAACAGACUCCUCUUAGCCUUGACAUUUCCACCUGGCAUAUGCAUGUAUUUUUAAAAUGUUUUUCUCCCUGCACCCAGGAAGCAAUAGGUGACUUGGUAUACAUGAAAUCCUGGGACAGGGACAAUACCUACAAGGCAUAUAAAGAUCCUGGCUGGGUUGGAUCAGCUCCAAGACCUUGUUCCAGGAUGGGAGAACUCAAAGCAGAGUUAUGUGUUCUUUAAGCUCUUUAAGAUUGAGUAUCUCUUUAUGUCCCAAUUCUUCCCUCAGAUCCAACUUGCAUAACACCUUUUCCUGUGAGACCUGAAAGAAAUGUCAGUGUUUUCAGGCAGCACUAUAUCCAGGCCCAUUUUUGCCUUCCACGAUGUACUGUAUUGCUUAGUCAUUUGGGAGAUGGAGCUUAAAGGGAGGAAGAAAGUGGUGGGAAUUUGUCACCUCCAGAAAGAGCUUUUUUGUAUUAAAGGAAGAGGAAUCCACUGUCAAUCCCUGUAUUUAAAAAAAUAAAUAAAACACAAUAGGCAAAUGAGCCAAAUUAAUCACAUCUAACCAUUGACUUUUAAAAAAAUGUUAGUGGAGGCACCGAUGUCACACACGUGUUACAUUUCUUGUACAGAAUACAGCAAUGAAGUCAUGUAUGUUAAACACAUCCUGGUGUUGUUCUUUAAGGUUUUAUGUCAAUAAAAGUGUUACACGUU